AAACACAAAUGUCUUCUAAUCCUUCUCUUAUCUUUCUCCUUGUGAUUCCUUUUUAUAUUCCUCUUAUAUUUUCUCUCAAUUUGAUUUCAUUUUCUUGUCAAUGGCGACUACCAUGAAUGCUGCUGUUUCUCUCACAUCUUCAAACUCUUCUUCGUUUCCAGCUACAAGUUGUGCCAUUGCUCCUGAAAGGAUCAGGUUUAGUAAGGGUGCUUUUUACUACAAAAGCAACAAUGUAGUGACAGGUAAAAGAGUGUUUUCCAUAAGAGCACAAAUCACAACAGAAACAGAUACUCCUACUCCUGCCAAGAAAGUUGAGAAAGUGUCAAAGAAGAAUGAGGAAGGUGUGAUUGUUAAUAGGUACAGACCAAAGGAGCCUUACACUGGAAAAUGCCUUCUCAACACCAAAAUCACAGCUGAUGAUGCUCCUGGAGAGACCUGGCACAUGGUUUUCAGCCAUGAAGGAGAAAUCCCGUACAGAGAAGGACAAUCUGUUGGUGUGAUUGCAGAUGGAAUUGACAAGAAUGGAAAGCCUCACAAGGUCAGACUUUACUCGAUAGCGAGCAGCGCUCUUGGAGAUCUCGGCAAUUCUGAAACCGUUUCUUUGUGUGUUAAAAGACUUGUCUAUACUAAUGACCAAGGAGAAACUGUUAAAGGAGUUUGCUCAAAUUUCUUGUGUGAUUUGGCACCAGGGAGUGAUGUUAAACUGACUGGUCCUGUAGGCAAAGAAAUGCUUAUGCCAAAGGAUCCAAACGCCACUGUUAUUAUGCUUGCGACAGGGACAGGAAUUGCUCCUUUCCGGUCUUUCUUAUGGAAGAUGUUCUUUGAGAAACAUGAUGACUACAAGUUCAAUGGCUUAGCCUGGUUGUUCUUGGGUGUACCAACCACUAGCUCAUUGCUCUACCAAGAGGAGUUUGAUAAGAUGAAAGCAAAGGCCCCCGAGAACUUCAGGGUGGAUUACGCGAUAAGCAGAGAACAAGCGAACGAUAAAGGAGAGAAAAUGUAUAUCCAGACUCGGAUGGCGCAGUACGCAGCUGAGUUAUGGGAGUUGUUGAAGAAAGACAACACUUUUGUCUACAUGUGUGGACUCAAGGGAAUGGAGAAAGGAAUUGAUGACAUUAUGGUCUCAUUGGCUGCAAAUGACGGUAUUGACUGGUUUGACUAUAAGAAGCAGUUGAAGAAGGCAGAGCAAUGGAACGUUGAAGUCUACUGAUCAAAAAGCCUUUGACAUUCUGUAGCAAAGUAUAGCUGAACAAAACUGUAAUUUUCGCUUCUGAAUUUCUGUAAUUUCUUUAGAUAUAUUAUACUGAAAAAAGAGUUCUUUAAUCA